GCUCCAUAGCAUAAAGCGAUAAAAUUUUAAUCAUCAUUAACUGAGUACCCAAUCGAUGGAUAUAAGACAAUUUAACUACACAAACCUUUUCUAAUUCGUUCUCCUAAAAUUCAAAAGAUUCGGCUGUUUAUAUUUUACACUAUGAUACUCGGGUACUCUUAAAUUUUCCUCCAGGUUGUAAUUUUUUUUAAUAAACUGACCAAACUUGUUGGUUAAAAAUGCUUCAUGUAUUUCUGCUAAGCUUAGCUACAGGUGUAGGAGCUAAAAUGACACCCUUUAUUGUGGGGGGCGGCGAAGCGUCCAUCAAAGACUGGCAGUUCAUCGUCUUCCUGCAGAUUGAUCGAUACAUAUUCUCUGUGUCGUGUGGAGGAUCUCUUCUGAGCUCUCAAACCGUGUUGACUGCCGCCCACUGUCUGGAUGACUAUACCGAAAAAAAGAAAGCUGAAUAUUACGUCAUAACAGCGUUCAUGGGUCACUCCUUGCACGAGAAAGCAACCAUGAAGCGAAGAGGUUUGGACUAUGAGACACACAAGAGAUAUUCAAUGGAUGCGCCGUACCCAUUCAAUGAUAUCGGGAUCUUGUUCCUCACGAAACCGAUGACGUUUGGACGGAAUAUUAAGAAGAUCAUUCUGCAGCCUAGCUUUAGUCCAAAGGUUGAUAAGAGAUUUGCCGUGGCUGGCUGGGGUGCUACAAUAUAUACUGAUGACGAUGAGAAUAUAGUUACUAGCAAAAGGCUAAAAUCGGUUAUGUUCAAGUCAAAAAUGAGUGAAAAUUGUACAAUUGGGCGUGGAUUUGUCUGUACUCGCCUUUCCAAAGAGUAUCCAUUCACUGGGGAUUCUGGUGGUCCUAUGAUAAAUGCGAAGACUGGUCUCCAACUUGGUAUAGUUUCAUUUCGUGAUAGUAGAACAAGUUGGAUAUUUUUUACAAGUGUACCACACUAUUGGAAUUGGAUUAAGGAGACGCAACUCAAAUUGUACAAGAAAUACUGCAAUAAAGGAAAGUAGUACCUAUUACACCU